AUGCGCCCUUUACAGCCCGACACGCAAGUUGGAGCAGCUUUGCCUGUUGAUGUCUUAACGUAUGAGGAAAAAACUCUGUCUGCCAUAUUAAGAGUUGUUAGCAGUGGCCUCGUCAAGCUGUGGAGUGCUCUAACACUGCUGGGCUUCUACCAGAACAGGAGGUGUGCCUUUCGAGUGCUGCAGACAUCUCCAUUUCUUCUUGCGUUAUCUGGCAACAGUAGAGAACUAGUCUUGGACUGAAUGCAGUUGUUGGUUUGGUUGUACGAAGCAGAAGUUGCUUGAGAUGUUGCAGCUCUUCAGGCGUGGAAUUUCUGGAGGGGAUUUCCGACCAAGAGCCUUGACAAAGCUAACAGUUAUCAACUCCCUGCUUGGACGUCCCUUCCUUCAGAGUUUACACAUAAAAGUUGGAGACAAAGCCGAACUUACCAAAGCUUUUACACAGAAUGAUGUUGUUACUUUUUCUGAUUUAACAGGUGACACAAAUCCUUUGCAUUUAAAUGAAGAUUUUGCAAAGAAAUCCAGGUUUGGGAGAACUAUUGUACAUGGAGUUUUGAUCAAUGGACUUACUUCUGCAGUUCUGGGUACUAAAAUGCCCGGUCAAGGUUGUGUAUUUCUUUCUCAGGAGAUCCGAUUUCCAGCUCCUUUGUACACUGGUGAAGAAGUCAUAGCUGCAGCAGAAGUUAAACGACUGAAGGGUUCUAUUGCGCACAUUUCGGUAUCAUGUAAAGUCAAAGGAAGUGGAAAGACUGUUAUGGAAGGGAUGGUGAAAGUCAUGGUGUCAGACAGUUAGAGCUGUUGAUCCUACGCUACUUUACUAUAAAGGUCAGAAAUGUA